AUGCCUGCCGGGUUCUGGGAGUCAGAUGCAUCUUUCCCCUGCGCGAGCCCGCAGGAGUCCGCGGGCACCACCGGAAGCCGCAGCAUGCUGAUCCCAUUUUCAAUGAAGAACUGCUUCCAGUUACUUUGUAACCACAAGGUCCCAGCAGCUGGCUUUAAAAAUACAGUAAAAAGUGGACUCAUUCUACAGUCAGUUUCCAAUGAUGUUUAUCAAAAUCUGGCUGUAGAAGACUGGAUCCAUGACCAUAUGAAUCUAGAAAGCAAAUCAGUUCUUUUCUUUUGGAGAAAUUCUCCCUCUGUUGUAAUUGGUAGACAUCAAAAUCCUUGGCAGGAAUGUAACCUGAAUCUAAUGAGACAAGAAGGUAUAAAACUGUCUCGGAGAAGAAGUGGAGGAGGAACAGUCUACCAUGAUAUGGGUAAUAUCAAUUUGACUUUCUUUACAACCAAAAAUAAGUAUGAUAGGAUGGAAAAUCUGAAGUUAAUUGUGAGAGCUCUAAAUGCUGUCCAACCCCAGCUGGAUGUGCAGGCUACCAAAAGAUUUGACCUUUUACUUGAUGGACAGUUUAAAAUCUCAGGGACAGCUUCUAAGAUCGGCCGGACUACUGCUUAUCACCAUUGCACUUUAUUAUGUAGUACCGAUGGGACCUUCUUGUCUUCUUCACUAAAGAGCCCUUACCAAGGGAUCAAGAGCAAUGCCACUGCUAGCAUACCUUCCGUAGUAAAAAAUCUUUUGGAAAAAGAUCCCACUCUGACAUGUGAAGUGUUGGUGAAUGCUGUUGCUGCAGAGUAUGCUGCUUAUCAUCAAAUUGAUCAUCACAUUAACCUAAUAAACCCAGAAGAUGAGACACUGUUUCCUGGAAUUAGUCGAAAAACCAAAGAACUACAAACUUGGGAGUGGAUAUAUGGCAGAACUCCAAAGUUUAGUGUAAAUACUUCCUUUACUGUCUUAUAUGAACAGUCACACUUGGAAAUUAAGGUGUUCAUAAACAUUAAGAAUGGAAGAAUUGAAAUCUGUAAUAUUGAAGCACCUGAUCACUGGUUGCCAGUGGAAAUAUGUGACAAAUUAAAUUCAGGUCUUACUGGCAGUAAGUUUUGCCCAACUGAAACUUCUAUGGUAACAAAUACACUACUUAGAACAUGUCCACAAGACCACAAGCUACACAGUAAAUGGAAUAUUCUGUGUGAAAAAAUUAAGGAGAUCAUGUGAGCCCAAGUAAAUUUCUUAAUACUGACAGUUUUAAUUAGAAAAUAAAAUUUCAUAUACAUGCAUAUUGUAUGUC